UCAGUGAGUGACCCGAUCCGGGGAGACGUCGGGACGGGCACUAGCUAGGCUAGGUGUUGAUUUCAGCCUCUCAUCGAGCUCGCCGACCAAGGGCGUCCCUCUACCAAGCAGAAGCAUGGCCGGCCGGCUUGCCGCCGUGCCGGAGGAGACCACCGACGGCUCCCCGGCCGCCUGCCCGCCAACCAACCUCUACCGCGACUCGAUCCGGAUGGUCCCUCUUCCCCGAGGGCAGUACAUCAGAUCGACUCUGUUCGCCCACUCCGGUCAAAGCGGAUCCAGCUUCUCCGGUGCUUCCAGCUAUUACCCGUCCAGCGGCUCCGGCUGCUCCUGGGGCCCUGGCUGGGCAUCCGCCCUCACCCAUGCGCUCGCGUUCAUCUCUAACCGUAUGGUCAGCGACGGGUACACCCAGCGCAUGGUCCAAGCAUUCGAUUUCGAGUACGGUGGUGGUGACCCGGAGCGUGUGCUGGGGGCUUGGUUCUUCGAGCUCGACGUGGAGUGGCUUGUGCAAACGCGCGAGGAGCAUUCCGGCUUGCGGCGGCACGUCCAGGACAUGCCGGCGUCGUCGCUCCAAGACAUGGUCGGGAGAUGGAUUCGAGCUCUCACCGUGUUAGUCUUCAAUAUCAGAAAUCUGAUGGUCGCCGUUCACAAGAUGCCGCCGGUCACGGUGGCACGGUUUGGGAAAGCAAGUAUCUCUGCGAUGCUCGUCUUCGUCGACGCCAUCCUCGCUGUUCCCGGAGCAGAGACGCUUCGGGCCGUGGUAGACAUGUUCAUCUGUGUCUCGAGCGUAUCAUGCUACAUGUUUACCACACUCGUGAUCUCUCCGGAAGCGAAAAGCAUUUUCGGCGAGAUAGGCGGCUUGUUGGAGACGGAAGGAAACAUGUUACGUAAGGCUAUAUGCAGCAUGAUGGAGGAGGUCAGGACGCUCAUCGAAGACGAUGACUCGUGGGCUGUCGAGAUUCUGCGAGGAAGAGGCGAGGUUCACAGGAACACUCGGUUCAUGGUGGAUUGCAUCAUGUCCGUGAAAAUGGCACGCACCUCCGCGCAGAGACACGACGCUGGGAACCUUCCUGGCAUGGUAGACAACUCUGUUGAUUAUCUGAAAGACGUGCUCCUGAGAAAAUCGGAGCUAUGCCCGGAUCUAAGCCUGAGGUAUCUGUUCCUGCUCAACAAUUCCUAUUUCAUAGCGCAGGUGUCUGAUCCGUCAGGAGACAACUAUGGACUUAAACUUACACCUGAAUGUGAGAAGUACAUGGAUAGCUAUCUUGAUGCUUCUUGGGGGCAUGUGCUGCCAUGCAUUCAGAAAUCAUUUUUUCCUGGACUGCUCUGUUGUUGGUGUUGUUGUAUCAACACCUCUUCUCUGGCUAAAUUCGAGUCAGCAUUUCAUCAAACUUACGAGGCUCAGAAGUUCUGGAAGGUCCCGGAUCCUCAGCUCAGAGAUGAGCUGCGCAGAGCUAUCACCAGGAAAGUCAUUUCAGAGCAUCCAGGGAUAGAGCAACACGUUAGCCGCCGAAGCGGCAGUCCCAAGGCUUUAGUGUGGAUGUUGGAACAGAUAUUCGAAGGAUGAAAACUGCUCGAGGCAUCGAGCAGAGUCCACCGACAAAUAAGAGGCUGGGCUUGUUGUAUUUACAGUUAUUCUUUCUGUUUUGAACUGAAGUUGUAUUCUGAAUUACAUUGGUGAUGACUUCAGCGUCGGAUACUACAUCAUCUGGUCACAUUCUCGGUGUGUGAUUUUAUUUUAUUUCGUGAGUGUAUGCCAAGUAGUUAUGCGUCAAUUUCAUUCA